AUGUCUCAAACGCAAGCUCACCUUUGCUUCCGCUCCUUCGUCGAGGCCCUAAAGGCCGACAACGACCUCGUCGAAAUCGAUAUCCCCGUCAACGCCGAUCUCGAAGCCGCAGCUAUCACCCGUCGAGUCUGCGAGACUAACGACAAGGCACCCCUGUUCAACAAUGUGAUCGGUAUGCAAUACGGUCUCUUCCGUAUUCUCGGAGCUCCCGGUUCGUUGAGAAACGGCGCGAAAGACCGCUACGGCCGCUUGGCCCGGCAUCUCGGUCUCCCUCCCACUGCGUCUAUGCGGGAGAUUCUCGACAAGAUGCUUGUUGCGAGCAAGAUGCCUCCGAUUGAGCCCACGAUCCUCCCCACCGGACCUUGCAAGGAGAACCAUCUCGAGGAGUCGCAGAUUAACCUGACGGCUCUUCCGGCUCCGAUGGUUCACCAGUCUGAUGGCGGGAAAUACAUCCAGACCUAUGGAAUGCACAUCAUCCAGACUCCCGACGGCAAAUGGACAAACUGGUCUAUUGCCCGGGCUAUGGUUUCUGACGAGAAGCAUCUGACCGGACUCGUCAUUCCCCCUCAGCACAUUUGGCAAAUCCACCAGAUGUGGAAGAAGGAAGGAAAGGAUGUUCCUUGGGCGUUAGCCUUCGGUGUACCUCCUGCGGCUAUCAUGGCUUCUAGCAUGCCCAUCCCCGAUGGCGUGACUGAGGCGGGCUACGUCGGUGCGAUGACUGGUUCAUCGUUGGAACUCGUCAAAUGCGACACAAAUAAUUUGUACGUGCCCGCGACGUCGGAGAUUGUCCUCGAAGGUACCUUGUCUAUCACCGAGAGCGGUCCAGAAGGUCCUUUUGGUGAAAUGCACGGAUAUAUCUUCCCGGGUGAUGUCCACGUUUGCCCCAAGUACAAGGUGAAUCGGAUCACAUACCGCAACAACCCUAUUCUUCCGAUGUCGUCCUGCGGACGGUUGACUGAUGAAACGCACACACUCAUCGGCUCCCUUGCCGCCGCAGAAAUCCGAAAGAUCUGCCAACAAAACGGCCUCCCCAUCACCGACGCCUUUUCGCCCUUCGAAUCCCAAGUCACAUGGGUGGCUCUUCGCGUCGACACCGCCAAGCUCCGGAGCAUGAACACCAACAGCGUCGAAUUCCGUAAGGAGGUUGGCGAUCUCAUCUUCAACGAGAAAGCCGGAUACACCAUCCACCGACUCGUGCUUGUUGGGGACGACAUCGAUGUCUACGACGGCAAGGAUGUCAUGUGGGCUUUCUCCACUCGCUGCCGGCCUGGUAUGGAUGAGACACACUAUGAAGACGUUCGCGGAUUCCCGUUGAUUCCGUAUAUGGGUAAGGGUAGUGGCUCGCCGGUCCAGGGCGGUAAGGUGGUCUCGGAUGCGUUGUUGCCCGUUGAGUAUACCACUGGCAAGAACUGGGAGGCUGCUGAUUUCGAGCACUCGUUCCCGGAAGAGGUGAAAUCGAAGGUGUUGGCCAACUGGAAGAAGAUGGGCUUCCGCGGCGAUUAA